UCGUCGACCCCUUCGUCGACCACCUCGCACCCACCCUAUCUGAUGUACGACGAGGACGGGAGCACGGCGGACCAGAAGAUCGAGGAGGAGAGAGGCGUGAUCGAGGCGGGUGGGAUCAGCGGCGAGCAGCGAGUGAUCGCCGCGUCGGGUGGCAUAGGGGUCGGUGUCGGGAUCGGGAUCGGUGGAUCCGGCACCGCCCCAGGGGGAGGCACGGGGUUGGCGAGUUACUGGCAACACGCGACCACCGCCACCGGAUACUGGCCCUCGUUGCUCGACUGUUGGACCACCCCGUCCAUCGCCUCCGGCUCGCAAACGCUCUCCCUGCCGCGAGACGAGAACUGAGAACAGCGCACGUUACCGCGAUGCCAGCCUUGUCCUCGCAAGUAAAUGUCCUCUUUUACCUCCGGAUAUUUUCUCUC